AUGGCAUAUUCGGAAUUCUUCAAAGGGGGUUUCAGUGGGAAGGGAUUCUUGGAUAAGGGGAUGGAUAUAAUAAAGUUCGAGCGAAGCUGGCCCUCAAUCAUUGAUGCGUUUCUCGAUAUUAACAAGAUCGAGCCCAAGAUCCGGGUCCCUGACAUAUUAUCGAGAUACGUUGAGUAUGCAGUAAAGGUCAAUAUGGAUACUCCAAACUCCCCAUAUAACGAGAUAGCGAUGUGGGUGGGAAUCGCGAAGUUCGCAGACAUGAUUCUGUGGAAAUCGAGUAAUCCAUACGACUGGGUCACGGCAAGAAUCAAAGAAUAUCUGAUCGAGACCUUUAAUCCUUUCAAGAUUCUCCCGAAUACCGGCAACUCAGGCAAACAUGCGAGAAGCAAUAUUGUUAAGAGCCUGGUUUGUAGCACCUGUCGUAAGAAUGCGCUUGUGGCGAAGAAGUUGGAGACGGAGGACUCUGACAAAGAAAGUUGUCUUGGCAAUACUUGUAGCACCUCUAAUCAUAAGAAGGCCAUUGCCGAGUCCUCGAUGAGAUCGAAAUUGCCAAUGUAUUGCGCGGUAUUGUCAGGCUUCUGGUAUUUUGCGAUGCUGGUAUUUGAGAAUCUAUGGCUGUAG